AUGGAAAUUACGAUUUUCCAUGCCAUUGUAAAGCUGGAUCGUGAGGCCACAAUGGCAAGGUUCUUGGCAGGCAAGGUGGAAGGAUCAAUGAGUCAUUCUCGAGAAAUCAAAUGUUUUAAGUGCUUAGGGAGAGGGCACAUUGCCAGCCAAUGCCCAAAUCGAAAUGUUAUGAUUCUCAAGGAUACUGGAGAGUUCAAAUCAGAGGGUGAAAUAGAUGAUAACAUGCCACCAAUGGAAGAUAAGAGUGAAGUUAAGUAUCCGGUUGAAGGUUUCAUUGUGAGUUCAAAAGGAAUCGAAGUGGAUGACAAAAAGAUCCAUGCAAUUAAGGAUUGGCCAACACCCACGAGUGCAAGUAAUGUUAGAAGCUUCCAUGGUCUUGAUGGUUUCUACUGUAGGUUUGUUAAAGAUUUUAGUAGCAUAGUUGCUCCUUUAACUGAAAUCAUUAAGAAAACUGUGGGAUUGAAGUGGGGAGAGCCACAAGAAAAAGCUUUUAAUUUGCUUAAGGAAAAAUUGGUUAACGCGCUUGUAACAGCCCGAUUUUGGGUCUAG